AUGAACGGCGGCGAUGUAGUAUCUCUGUACGAGGAAGAUGGGUUCUCAGCGGCCAAAUUAUUCUCCCAGGGAUACUCCUACACAUACGAUGACGUCAUAUUCCUCCCUCACUACAUCGACUUCCCGACCGACGCCGUCUCUCUGACCACCAAACUCACCAAGAACAUCUCCCUCUCCAUCCCCUGCGUCUCUUCCCCCAUGGACACCGUCACCGAGUCCUCCAUGGCCGCCGCCAUGGCCUCCCUUGGUGGCAUAGGCAUCAUUCACUCCAACAACACCCCUUCUCAGCAGGCUUCCCUCCUCCGCGCCGCCAAAUCCCACCGCUUCCCUUUCACCUCCGACCUCGUUUUCCUCUCCCCCUUCGACUCCGUCACCUCCGCCGACCAGUUCGGCUCUUCCCCCUGCAUUUUCGUUACCGAAUCCGGGUCGCCCCAAUCCAAGCUAUUCGGGUUGGUCUCCCUCUCAACUUGGGAAAGCCUAACUCCCGACGACAGAGAAUCCCGCCGGGUUUCUGAUUACAUGAUGAGAAUCCCCGGCGGGCCCAUUAAGACGCUUCCUAACGGGUCUAGUUUGGAGGAUAUUGCCUCCUUUCUGGCCGCUGAAAACCUCGAAUUCGCCCCCUUAGUGGCGGAGGACGGCGAGGAGAUUGUGAACGUAGUAUCCGCUUCCCGGGCUAAUAGUAUACUCAAUGAAUUUCCGAAAAUGCAGGGAGUGGUCCCAUCUGUCGGCCCGGACGGGAAGUUCUUGGUCGGGGCCAGCAUCGGGACGAGGGAAUCCGACAAGGAGAGGCUGGCGGAGCUGGUGAAAGGCGGCGUGAACGUGGUGGUUGUGGAUAGUUCUCAGGGGAAUUCUAUUUACCAGCUGGAUAUGAUUAAACAUGCCAAGAGGACUUAUCCGGGUGUGGAUAUUAUUGGUGGGAAUGUGGUGACAAUGGCCCAAGCUCGGAACUUGAUUCAGGCUGGUGUUGAUGGGCUCAGGGUUGGGAUGGGCUCUGGUUCCAUUUGCACCACCCAGGAGGUGUGUGCCGUCGGCCGUGGACAGAAUGGGGUUCGCGUCAAGAAAUAUAGGGGGAUGGGAUCCCUGGAAGCAAUGACAAAAGGCAGUGAUGCAAGAUACUUGGGGGAUACUUCUAAACUGAAGAUAGCACAGGGUGUGGUAGGAGCAGUUGCUGACAAAGGUUCAGUUCUGAAGUUCGUACCCUACACCAUGCAAGCAUUGAAGCAGGGUUUCCAGGACCUCGGCGCUUCAUCCCUACAUUCGGCGCAUGAAUUAUUGAGAUCCGGCGUACUAAGGCUUGAGGUUCGAACUGGAGCAGCACAAGUUGAAGGUGGAGUUCACGGCCUGGUGUCCUACGAAAAGAAACCAUAUUGA